AUGCUUCAAUUACCUAGGCAGAGUCCUCCCGGUUCGGCCCCCUCUCCAGAUCCUGUUCCCUCUCCAGAUCCUGUUCCCUCUCCAGAUCCUGUCCCCGCGGGCAACUCCACUGCACAAGCGCCAGUCGGGGUACAAGCACAGCUUCCUGUCUUCAGAACGUUCCAUCACAAUGUUAUGUGGCAUCUUUGGACUGUUCUUUCGGUCGCCACAGCAGUCAUUCUUAUUUACCUCAACUUCAUCGGGCACGUAAUCGGCCCAGAACUUGGUCGGACGAAAGUCGAGACUAAGGCCGUACUCAACAUCCUUCUAUUCGUUGCAAAGGCCCAUGAGAUAGCCAUUGUGCUUAGCCUCGCCAAUCUAGCGCGCCAGUUAAUUCAGAGCUCACUCAUCAGUAAGAAAGGGACGAUACUUGCGCUUGUCGGGGCCGAGCAAGUGACCGCAACACCAAGCGUACUCAUCUCGAAUGGCUACAGAUCGGCGCUCAAGUAUGGCUUACGUUAUUUCAGUGGCUCGAGUCGAAACGAGAGUAAAACCGUUAGGAGUAGGAGAAGGGCAGUUUUGACUAUAACAGGAUUCCUCCUCAUUGCGGCCGUUCUUUGCGCAACAGUCGGCCCUUCGAGCGCGGUGCUCAUGAUACCAGCUCAACACUGGUUCUUGCAGGAAACAUUGACCCAGGACACAAUCAUCGAUGACUGGAACAAGUCUUCAAUUUAUCCUUUCGACGAGGGCACAAAUCGACCAGGUCAUCCUUACAUAUUCAUUAGCCCGCUCGAUGUAAACGGUUCUUCGAUCUAUGGAACCCCCAUGUACUGGAACUAUACAGGCACUCAUUGGCAAGCAUCCGGAACCGGGUCGACGUCUGGGAGUGAUCCUUCCGAGCUAUACGUCCAGGACCUUCCUCAGGUAACGCAUACAUUUGACGUUUUCUCACACCGAUUAUCGGUGAACAGCAGUACAACUGCAACCUUGGGUCGUCCAUUGAAGGUAGAUUCCAAGUGGAACGGAGGGACGAGGUUUGAAACACUGAUGUAUGAUGAUGUUGAAUACGCAGGCCAAGCGAACAUCACGUACAAGCCUACCCGUAAAAAUAACGCAUCACCAACACAUUUCGUAACGACAAUCACGGCUGUAACAUCAACGGCGGUGUGUAGACGAGUACAGAGGUUAUCUUGCGACGGCCAGUCAACAGCAAUAACCAAUCCCACCACGGCCACUGAGUGGUGUUUUCAAGCUCCCACAACGGAGGGCGUCGGCAAUAAAUUAUUCAGAAAUAAAGAUCUUCUACUUCUUGUCGAUUAUCCCCAAAACUCUUCCGGCCAGAGAGCAAUGGAUGAAAAAAAUCAGCUUUUAGAUACCUGGCACCCAAGGUUUCACAUCACUGAGGGUCCCGGUCUACCAUCGCGUAGUGAUUUUACCGACUCUAUUCUAUUCGUAUUUGAAUUUGCCGAAGACCUCAUUGUCUGUACGAAUACGGCGUCGUUGACAUCUGCAACGGCAACCCUAGCCGGUCAGCUUUACGAUGUCUACCAAGCCGAGUAUCAUCCCAAUUUAGUGUAUGAGUACGCCGACAAGUCUACUUUCGAGAGAAAAUCACCAAACUUCAUCUUUCGCAAAGGCUGGUUGGAUUAUGAACACGCGCUUGGAGAUGUAUAUGAGGUGUCUAGCAAUGCCUCCGUCUCGAAAGCGAACAUGACUCGUUCCGACCGUGGAGCAACCAAAAGUGAGGAUUUGCGGCUAUGGGCGGAAAAACUGGUGAAUUCGACGAACCACAGAGGCUUGCCGAUAUGGCAACCGCUGGCCGCCGGACUGAGUACCGAGGAACUGAAAAGGAAGAACGAUCAACUCGCGGGAAAUGAUAUGGCAAUAUUGACCGACCUUAUUGAAGCGUCAACGGUAGAGGUGGUAGUGGGUGGGCCCUGGAUCACCAUACUGUCGUUACUGGAUCGCAGCCUAAGCCAGUAUGCGUUGACGCAUUCUGAUUACUCCUAUCGUGACACGGGGAGCUCGGUACCCAAAGAACUGUUCGCUCCUGGCUCACUUAUUGAGAAGAUUGAUGACUAUCGUUCUUUUGUCUAUACACCAGUUUUGGUCCAGCACUUUCUUUAUGGGUACAUGGUGGUGGGUGUAACAGGAAUACUUGCAAUAGCUGUAUUGAUGGUAUAUAUGGUUGUCGCUUGCUGCGGUUCAAUCUGGCAGCUUUCCCGGGGGGGUGAUGUGAUAAUAGCCUGGGGAUCUGUCCCCGAGUAUCUGUUGCUAGGAGAGAGCACUGCUACAGAGCUGGGGAGAUUGGGGUACGCACAUGUUGGGGGGAGAGAUAAGACCAGAUAUGAAUGUGGUGUACGUGUUGAUCGUGCAGCGGACGGGGAAUAUUAUGGUAUCAAGCUGGGAGACGCCGAGGUUUCGGAGGUUCAAGUGAGGUAA